AUGUUAGCUGAGGUGAAAAGGAGGAAGGCAAAAUCGGGUGUGGUGAAGGAUUCUAAGUCUAAGUUAGAAAGAUGCUUGAGAGAGAAUAGUGAAGAAGAUGAUGAAUAUUUUCAGAGUAACAAUUUCAUGGUUCUGAGUUGGUGGAAAAAGAGGCGUGGUUUGUUUCCUAUCUUAUCCGUUGUUGCUCGUGAUGUGUUAGCUAUUUUGGUCUCAACAGUGGCAUCUGAAUCCACAUUUAGUACCGAAGGAAGGAUUGGAUGCUCAAGUGAAGUUGAAGUCAAUGUGGAAGAAAACAUUGAAGAUCUUGAUCAGUUUGAAGAUGACUUGCGGCAAUUGAUGGCAGAAUCAGCUGUUCUUGAUAUAUAA